GGGGAGGGAGAUUCACGGCGGAGCAGCGGCGGCGUCGCAGCGCUACAACCCGAGCGGCGGUCGGGCUUUGUUUUGUGGAUGUGAAUGAGCUCCAUCGCCUCCCGCAGAAAUGUGGACGGAUAUACGGACGUUGCUACUUUUUCAUUUAUUUGCGCUGGGGCUUCAUCUGUCCGAAGCAACGGACGAGUGUGAGGAUGGACAAUUCCAGUGCAACAACAAAAGGUGCAUACCGACCAUCUGGAGGUGCGACGACGACGACGACUGCUCGGACAACAGCGACGAGGAGAACUGCCCCAGGAAGACCUGUGCGCCUGCAGAGUUCGCCUGCCUGAACGGCCAGUGCGUCCCGGGGCGCUGGCGCUGCGACGGGGAGCCCGAGUGUCCCGACGGGUCGGACGAGGCCGAGGAAACCUGCAGCAAACAGACGUGUCCGCCGGAGAAGUUCGACUGCGGGGGCUCCACUAACAAGUGUGUCUCGUUGUCAUGGCGAUGCGACGGGGAGAAGGACUGCGAGAACGGCGCGGACGAGGAGGACUGCGCCUCUGACGCCAAGGCCUGUCCCAGCGGGGAGUUCAUGUGCGCCAACAGGAAGUGCCUGGCCGCCGUGUACGUGUGCGACGGCGACGACGACUGUGGCGACGGCAGCGACGAGCUCAAGUGCGCGGCGCCGCUGACCUGCGGGCCCAACCACCUCCGCUGCAACACGUCCGAGUGCGUGCCGCUCAUGUGGAGCUGCGACGGCGACCCCGACUGCUCCGACAGCUCGGACGAGGGGCCCGAGCGCUGCGGCGGCGACGGCGCGCCGUACCCGCCCAGCCGCCGGGCCAACUGCACCGCCGGGGAGUUCCGCUGCGCCAACGGCGAGUGCGUGCGCCUGACGUGGAAGUGCGACGGAGAUCCGGACUGCAAGGACAAAUCAGACGAGUCUGACUGCCCGCUGUUGACGUGCCGCCCCGACGAGUUCCAGUGCGGCGACGGCUCGUGCAUCCACGGCACCAAGCAGUGCAACAAGGUCCACGACUGUCUGGACCACAGCGACGAGUCCGGCUGUGUCAACGCCACCAAAUGCGAGGGCCCGCUGAAGUUCCUGUGCAAGAACGGCGAGUGCAUCGACAGCUCCAAGGUGUGCGACUCGGUCAAGGACUGCAAGGACCGAUCAGACGAGCCCAAGAAGGAGUGUGGGCUCAACGAGUGCAUGAUCAACAACGGCGGCUGCUCCCACGUCUGCAUGGACCGGCCCAUAGGCUUCGAGUGCCAGUGCCCCACCGGGUACCAGCUGUUGGACAAGAAGACGUGCGGAGACAUCGACGAGUGUGAGAACCCCGACGCCUGCAGCCAGAUCUGCAUCAACUACAAGGGGGAUUUCAAGUGCGAGUGCUAUGAAGGCUACGAGAUGGACCCCGUCACCAAGACCUGCAAAGCCGAGGGGAAGAGUCCCUACCUGCUCUUCACCAACCGGCACGAGAUCCGGCGCGUGGACCUGGUGAAGAGGGAGUACAGCCAGGUGGUGUCCACUCAGAAGAACGCCGUGGCCCUGGACCUGGACGUGGCCAACAACCGCAUCUUCUGGUGCGACCGCUUCCACCGCAGAAUUUACAGCGCCUUCAUCCACGAGGCCAGCGACCCCUCCCAGCAGGUGCCGCUGGUGGACUCGUCCCUGAAGACCCCCGUGGGCCUGGCUCUGGACUGGCUCCAGCACAACCUGUACUGGACCGACUCCGGGGACAAGUCCAUCUCCGUGGCGUCGGUGGACGGCACCAAGCGGCGCGUCCUCGUCAGUACCGAUCUGAGCGAACCCCGGGCCAUAGCGCUGGACCCCCACCACGGCUUCAUGUACUGGUCGGACUGGGGCACGCGAGCCAAGAUAGAGAAGGCCGGGAUGAACGGAGUGGACCGACAGGUGCUGGUGGCUGAUAACAUUGAGUGGCCCAACGGCAUCACUCUAGACGUAGUCAACCGGCGUUUGUACUGGGUGGACUCCAAGCUGCACCUCAUCGCCAGCGUGGACCUGAACGGAGCUCACCGCCGAACGCACAUGGCGUCUGCGGAGAGACUGGGACACCCCUACGCUCUGGCCGUGUUCGAGGAUCGUAUCUACUGGACGGACAGGGACCGGGCCGCGGUCUUCAUGGCCAACAGGCUGACGGGCCAGGACGUCCACGCCCUCGCUGAGAACCUCAACGACCCCCAUGACAUCGUGGUCUUCCACCAGCUCCGGCAGCCGCAAGGCCCAGACAGCUGUAAUCUGGGCAGCGUGGCCAACGGAGGCUGCGAGUACUUGUGUCUGAAGGCGCCGCAGAUCACCGAGCACUCGCCCAAGUACACGUGCGCCUGCCCCGACGGCCAGGACCUGGGGCCCGAUAUGAGGGGCUGCGUGCCCGCAGCUCCCAGGAGCGACCUGACCUCCAGCGGACCCCUUCCCACCGGGCUCACGCCCGGCCCCAGAGCUGCCGCCGGCGGCUUCUCUCCGGCCCCGGGUGGCGUGUCGCAGGCCGACGCCACCCCCCGCCUCACCACCGCUCCCUCCGGCGCCCCGGAGGCGCUCGCGCCCCUCAGCACGCUCAAGCCCGUGUCGUCGCAGGAGUCCAAGGCGCUGGGCUCCCACUCCACGGCCACCGCCACGCUGGUCCCCACCACGCCGGCCGGCGACAGCAGCGUCUCCCAGCACUCUGGAAGCGAGAAUUUCCUCCUGGGUGAGAACCUGACCGUGGCCGUCCUGGGAGUGGUCAUCCCCAUCGUUCCUAUCGUUGCCACAGUGGUGUUCGGCCUGGUCUGCACCGGCGUCUACCUGGUGUGGCGCAACUGGCGGCGCAACUCCACCAAGAGCAUGAACUUCGACAACCCGGUGUACCGCAAGACCACCGGCGAGGGCGAGGAGGACGAGAUCCACAUCGGCCGCGCCGACGCCAUGGGGCACCACGCGCACCACCACCCGUACCCGCAGGGCGUCGGCAUGGGGGUGGUGGGGGCCGGCGGCGGCGGCACCUGCCCGCAGUUCAUCGCCCUGCCGCUAGGGGGCAGCGUGCCCGACCCCGGCACGCACUGGUACGCGGAGCAGCCCAUGCUGUCCACCGCCAAGUGACAGCGCGGCCGGAGGGGACUCGGACCGAGCUCGCCGAAGGGACGAGCACUGUUUCAUGCAGCCGUUCACAGCCAUAUCCCACGUCGGUGUCCAUCACCACCAGUGUGAACAGGAUGAGGGUUUCAUUCCUUUGUGCGCUGGUGUUGGUCUUAUUUUUAUGUUGUAUAUUUUUGCUGAGAACGAUUAAUAUGACAUUGCGUGUGGUUCUCACAUUAACCUGAACAGGUUUUUGGUUUCUCUUCAUUUGCACUGACGUACAAGUGAGUAUGUUUUGUCCUCGAUGUGAUGAUUUGGGGCUCUGUGUAUUUCCUGGCGGUCUGUGGAGGAACACUGUGUAGAAAGCAGGCGUGGCGGAGCUGGGACUGCGCCUGCGUUGAUGGGACAAUCUGUACAGAUUCAUGUUACGUCAUAGAUGUCAUUAUUAGACACGUCUCGUGUAGUUUACAUUUUUUCACUGUCAGCUUGAACCAUAAAGGAGGGUUCUACCCACAUUUGGUGCUUGCUCUCCGUUUCAAGGUGUUUUUACAGGCGAGCUGUCGGGUGGAAAUUGCACACAGCUGACUGGAGGGGUCAUGUUCUCAUCCGACCUCCAACACUCUGGGGUCUUUAGGGAGAAUUCAGCUGCUUGGCAGGUUGCAAUGAAGCGAAGGGAGAAAUACAGUACUUUGGUCUUUGUUUUCGUGCGAGUAAAGUGUGAGGACUGUUUUGCAGAAGCUGUGUCUUCCUUAUUGUGAUAUUUUUUUUUAGAUGUUAAAUGGUUUGAGAAAAGUCAUAGCCUGCAGCUUUUAGUCAGGCUACAGUGCUGCGUGGUUGACAGAAGAAAUCCUCCAGUGUUGAAAGAUUUAUUUUAUCACCUGCUUUGACUGUGACAAAUGUGGACAUAAAUACACAACGGGUGCAAUGAUAGUAAAUUAGGCAAAUGUAGAACAACAUAUGCAGUCAAACUAGAGUUUGUCGUCUUUAAACAGCCGACGUGAGAGCAGACAGUAUUGGGAUAGUGGCGGGGGGGACAUGAUGGGACGUAACCACGGAAACAAAAUAAGACUCUGGUAAAAAGAGGAUGAGAGCAACUUGUUGUGUCAGUGGAAACGUUUCAUAUCCCGUCAUCAGCAGCUACUUCAUUUAUAAACCUGAGUGCGUGUGUGUGUGUGUGUGUGUUGUCCAUUAUAAUGCAUGUGAGUGCCAAUGUUCAUCCCACAGCCAUAUUUGAAACUGUUUUGUAUGCUCUUUGUUGCACAACCCUCUUAGAAUGCCUUCUGUAUUGUGUACUGCAUGGACGACAACAGUGUAUGAAGGUGUGUGGCUACGGCUACACAGGCGUGUGUGUGUGUGUGUGUGUGGGGGGGGGCACUGAAGCCGCUUUGAGGGUGAUUUUUGAUUCAUUGAUCUGUAAAUAUGUUUUCAUAAAGGUUUUUGAUAAUGUAUUAUACAAUAAUGUAAAAGAGAAGUUGUACAUAAGAUUUUAGAUAAAGUGUUGAGGUAUAUUAAUUUAUUUGUAUAAAGAACAGCACUGCAUUCCCUGAUUGUAACAAUUAUCCACCAAAGUGGUUUAUGUUCUUUCUUGCUGUGCAUCCUUUUCGUGCAACUCUUCUGUCUUGGGUAAUCCACAUUAGACACAAUGUUCUCUGCUCCCAUCUUUGCAGCACCUCCCAAACCUCUUCACUAAACUGAUUUGUUUUUGUGCCUUUUGGUUUCAUUUACUCACUUAGUGUUCGUCAUAAAGCGGUCAGGGAUCAAGCAACUACUGUACAUGCAAAGAUGAACUGUGUUAAGACCAAACUGGUUCCACCUUUUGUUUUAUGUAAUGAAUUACAGUACUUUUGAAUAUCUCUAUAUAUUGAUAUAUAAAAUCUGACUGAAAAUCUC